UGUGUAAUAUCUCCUUUGACUUUGUCCUUCUCAGAUAACCCUUUUGCACUUCUGCAAGAAGACAGCAGGACUGAUGUCCAAGAUCCAUGAGGAGUUCAUAGGUGUCCACCCAUAUCACUCUGUUGCACUUGAGCAACCACAGGAGCCUUCCCUAAACAAUCCCACUGAAGAACAUAAAGAGAAGAUAGAGAAAGACACCAUCAGUACAAACCUUGAUAAGUUAAUUUUGUUGGAUGAGGAAACUUCUAUCCAUUUGAAAAGUGAAGCAGUUUCCAGCAAUCUGCUGGUAGAUUCUUUGGAAGGAGAAGAUUUUGAGAAAGAGCUGUCAUUCCUGGAUAACAUAUUGAGUCCCUGUUCAAGUGCUGGAGAGAUCGUCCAGGAAUGUCAAAACGUGCUUGGGAGUCCUCAUACCAGUCUCCUUUCACAGAAUCCUGCUACAGAGUCAGAACCUCUGCCUAGUUCAUCUGGAUUCCUACCUUCACAGCUCCUUGACCUUGGCCUUGAUGCUGCUGGAAGCUUCAGUAGCUGGACAUCUGUGUGGUCUCUUAUGUACUCACUGCCUGGUAACCAGCCAUUCCCUUCACACAGCACUCCAAAGAUACCACCACCGUCUAUGGAGAGCAGUAAUCAAGAUAUGUCAGCCUGGUUCAGUCUGUUUUCAGAUUUGGAUCCCCUUUCAAAUCCAGAUGCCAUUGGGCGCUCAGACGAUGAACUCCUCAAUGCUUGACUACAGUUACCCAAUGGACAAGCUCUUAUUAUGUCUCACUACAGCGGCCUUAAAUAUAGAACCUUACUUCCUCUUGCUUUUCUAGAGAGGAUUUCAGAUUCUAGUCCAGACCCACAACAUCGAAACUGUAAUCAUAAUGUCAGACAAUAAAGUCCCAAACUAUAGAAAAAGCAUUAAGGGUGCUGUUGAGAGCAUUAGAGAAAAGUCACUUUAUCUUUGAUGCCUUGGUUUUAUGGCUAUUUUCAAUGUUAUAUGAAAAUAUGGCGAGUUGUUCAGGAUCAACACUGAAAAGGCUGAGUUUCAUCAAGACAAAAUUACAAGACAAGCAAAGCUGUAUCAAACUAGUUACUUUCCUGCAUGUCCCUUUCCCCCCCCCCAAAAAAGAGUUACCUUACGUCAAUGUGAAGAUGUUAAUUUCCAGAAAAUACUUCAGGACAGAUAGUACCUUGGCUCUUUCACAGGACCCUCAUUAACCUUCAGGACAAUUGCACAUCUUGGGCCAGACCCUCUAAUCUGGCCAAUUUGUGCAUGAGGCAGGACUAAUGGGGAGGGAACAGAGGUGGUUUUACAUUGUCUUUGACUUCCUGAUCCUGGGGGAAGGCCUGGGCACGUUUGGCUCCCAGCACAACUUUGAACAGCUUCAGGGCUAUUCUAAAUUGCACUAAACUGCCUGUGGUUCCAAGUGCCAGAGCACAGGAGUACUCCAGUCACAUCCACUUUUUACAGGCUAUUCCCUCUCUGCUAGGCCGGGAAAGGCAUAGAGCCAGUACACUAGCUGUGAGAGAGCUGGGGGGGAUCCCUAGGUACCUGGUUAAACUGGCUUUACGGACACUUUGCAGGGACAGAGCAGCACAGAAGGCCUGUAUCACGGGCAGGACACAGCCUAUUCAUUCAAUUAGCCUUAGACAAGAAAGCACAGGCCAAAUUCUGCCUUUGUUUGCAACUACAGGUACUUUAGAGGGGCUGCAGAGGUGGUAAUAACAACUGAAGUUGGCUCACAGUAAAUGCCAUUAGAGUAGCAGUUAUUCUAACAAGGAGCCAUUUUAUUCAUCAGUUACAGAAGCUGUAAAACUAUAAACCAGAUAGAGCAGCAGCAGAAUUACCCAGCUACUCCUCUGUAAAAAUAGAAUUUUUCUUUUCAUUGUAUUGUUAAAUAGAUGAAGUAUUUUGUUAAAAAGGGAACAAGUAGAGCUCACCUGUACAUUUUGAUCCUUUGGUGAGUGGGAGAGAUUUAACACCUCAUUACAUGAUCACUUGCAGCAUGUUGGACAACUCACUCCCCCACAUAUACGGUAACUUUUUCUAAUUUUUUUAUUUUGAAUUAUAAGUUAAAUCUUGUUGGGCAAGUUUGUAUCUUUUUACCUUCAUGCUGUUUGCAUGCUCUUCAGGUUGCUGGGAGCUGUUUACUGUGAUUCAACAAGUUUCUU